AUGGAAGAGCUCAAAAACGAGCUAGCGUUUUCACGCAAUGCGGUCUGCAUGGACAUCUCUGGUCCUGAGAUGGCCGACCUUGCUUUCGUUGAUCUUCCUGGUAUUAUUCAGAAUGCUUCUUCGGACACGGUCCAGCUUGUCGAAGACCUCGUGAAGUCUCAUAUUAAAGGCAAUUGUCUGAUUCUGGUCACAUUGCCCAUGAACGACGACAUCGAAAAUCAGAAGGCCAUGCAACUAGCUAAGCAAAUUGAUCCUGCCGGCCUCCGCACCAUAGGCGUCAUGACCAAGCCUGACACGCUACCUGCUGGCGCAACGAAAGCGCGGGAUCUCUGGCUGGAUCCCGACGACGAUGAACGUGCUAAGGGCAUUACCAAUGCACAAGCGCGGGAUGCUGAGAUGGCAUUCUUUCGUCACAACGCCCCAUGGUCAACCUCGUCUCAGAAGUAUCGGUUCGGCACGGCUCAGCUAGUAGCCAGCCUAAGCAAAGUACUGACAAAGGUUAUCUACGACACCAUGCCAAAAUUGCGAAAGGAAGCGACCACCCAGCUAAAUGCCUGCAUACAGCGUCUCAAAGAGCUUCUACCUGCUAUUACCGCUGAACCGACUUCUUACGUGCUCAGCCUUUUAACAACAUUCUGCCGCGACGUCGCCUCGUACAUUAACGGUGACACGGACACUGCAAGUCUUGUCCAGCAGAACCGUCGCACCUACGCGACGUUCAAGCGCAACAUCCGUUCCUCAGCCCCACCGUUUGUACCACUUCCAUCUGCACUCUCUAGUCGCUCGGGACUCGCAAUGUACUCUGAGGCCGAUAGCGAUGACGAUGAUUCCUCGGACGUCGUAGACCUUACGGAAACCGGACCUCGACAGUAUAUCACUUUGCAGGACGUACGAAAACACAUUCACAAGUCUCUCGGCAAGGAGCUCCCGGGAAAUGUUCCCUAUGGUGCCAAAGUGUCGCUCAUUCGCAACUUCAAGGUAUUCUGGGAGAUUGACACCCGGAAAUGCUUCCAAGAUGUCAUGCGCGCUUUCGAGGAGACCCUUUCGCGGCUCAUUCAGCAACAUUUCGAGCGAUAUCACGAGCUCAAAUCUCGUUUGCAUGAAGCUACCAAGGUCCUCCUGGAUACACAGAAAGAUGUCGCUUGGGAAAGGGUCCAGGAUAUUCUGGACCGCGAGGAGACGCCGUUCACGCAGAACAAGCACUACUAUCAGGUCUCAAAAGCUAAAUAUCUGUCCAUCUACAGAAGCGCGCGAGCGGGCAAAACGGACGCUGCUCAGGAGCCUGCUCAGAAACGGCGCAAGGUGGAGGGUAAUGUUGUGAAGGAGGCAGCUGUAGCUAUCAUACCUUCCACCCCUCAGAAGGCAGCGUUUGCUACCAGUUUUAAGUCUGCUUCAACGGUCCCGCAGACUCCCACUCCAAAGCCGUCGUUCGAGACGCAGCCGUCCAGUGUGCCGCAAAAGCGCAGCAUCGAGGAAAAGCGGGAACUCGAUGCUGAAGAACGGGCACGCUUUGAGCAGCAGGCCAUUACCGCGCUGACUGUCCUACUUGGACACAACGUCACGCUGGAAGACUUCGCAAGACUCCUCCCUCCGGACGUGUACGAGGAGGAACUCGAAGUGAUGGCCGAGGUCAGGGCCUACUUUAAGGUCGCAUAUAAGCGCAUGAUUGAUGACGUCCCGAUGGCCGUCGACGACAAAUUUCUCGCUAUGUUCAGCGGCCACUUGCAGGAGUUUUUGCUCUCCAAGCUUGGUAUAGGAGGACCGAAUUCGAGUGCGCGCUGCGCAGCGUAUCUUGCGUAA